UGUAUCUAAUGAUGAGCAAAAAGCAAUAUUUCAUUCUGUCGUAUCUGCAGUCCACCGUUGACCAACCGUUUGAAUGGAUUGUUGACCUGACUAAAUUUGGUGAAAACUUAAGUGUAGUGUAAAUAAUUUUUGCCCUGUCCGCAUCAAGAAUGUUCAAAUAUCCUUGGAUACUCAGCUGCUUUUUCAUAGCAAUUCUCUUCCUGGGCAAUGCCGAAGUCAUAGUGAGAGUGGCCAUUGAAGCUUCGUUUCGUCUUCACAUAUACCCUCAAACUUUGGAUAAUCCAAGCCACUGUACCUUGACCAAUCCCCAGAAUGAAGUAACAGAUAUUCCGCUCGAUUAUCAAGCUGACAAUUCUCAGGAAGAUGAUCAGAAGAUUGUACCAUUGGGCGACAAUCAAUGUGGCGCAAGAAUUUACGACGCGUCACGGACAGACGUUGGAAGAUGGUCCCUUGUUCUUUCGAAUGAAACAGAAUCCAUCAACGAAAGUUUCAGAAUUGUUACCGUUACUUUAGAAGAACCUGUCAACCGAACAUCCACCGCAGUAAUCGGAGACUUGACAACGACCAUACUUUGCGGACCAUCCAGCAUGCUGUACUGCGAACUGCGAGAUCCUUUAGGAAACCCGGCUACCCUGACUAGCAGAACACGAUGUGAAACAAUAAUCGAUGUUUUGAAGGCUACGGACUUCGGGGUCUGGACCUGUACUGUAGGCAUAUCUGGUAGCAUAGAAGAGAUUUACGCAACUCACACUUUGAACAUUGGAGACCGUGCCGAAGAAGUGGUGAUAUUCGCAAACGACACUGUAUCUGGUAAAAUGAUAUCCUGGCAAGUAGAGAGAAUUAUACCAGCAGCGUCUUGGUGCAGAGCCUUUCCCCCUAAGGGAAAAUCAAUCAUGGUAGCGCCGGGACUAGAACUCGAGAAGUACGUAUCCGUUGAGACAAAUCUUGCCGAAAACAAAUGUGGCCUUCUGAUAACCGGGGAGUUCCAGGAAGAGUAUCAUGGGAUAUGGAGACUAGAAAUGGGACUCACUUCUGGAAAUAUAAUCGGAGGAUUCAUUAAAAUGCCCGAAGGGCAGAUACCAGGGCUGAAUGAUCCAAAUACCGCAAGGAAUUCGUCGGACCCAUCGAAAGCGGUGGAGGUGAAUGUUGAAGCUGGAAAAUCUUUCACAAUCACUUGUCAAACUCAAUACCCGGCCGGUUACUGCUGGAUAAAAGGACCCCAGGGACAAGACAUAACAUCAACGGACGAACUGACUGUGGGAAGGUGUUCUCAUGCCAUCGAUAACGCGAUAUCUACGGAACACAGCGGGAACUGGACCUGCAACAUGGCACAUGUUAAUGGAGGGCACGAAGAGCAUUUGGUUACCAAAGUGAACGUCAUAGACAAAUUGUAUCAGGCUAUCAAUCGCGAGAUAACAGCACGUCACGGAGACAAAACGAUAAUUGCCUGUAAAUCAGUACUCGAUUAUCCGCUCCAGUACUGUCGAUUCGUUAGGCCAGAUGGUGUAGGACUAGGAGUAACGCCUGGCAUGGAACCAUCCGAAAGAUACUCUUACGAGGGCGACGGAUUGGACCAUGGCUAUUGUGGAUUAGCCAUCAGUUCAGUCCAGGCAGUGGACAUCGGGGAGUGGAAAUGCGUAUCCAGGUCACGUUUCCGCACCUGGGAAGCGGAAAAUUCGGACACUUGUGUUUUGCAAACUCCCGAAAUGUCGGUUGCGUCUGUAAUUGGAUUGACCAUUGGCGCAGUUUUACUGGUAUUUGUUAUAACCGGAGCUUUACUUGUACGGUAUAGACGUAAGCGGUCCCAACAAUCCGAACGAGCCAUGAUGGUCGAAUUCAGUACCUGAUUACUGUACCGGUGGUCUACAAAUAUUGAAUAAUUAUUCCAUAAGCAAUAAAAAGAAAUUCAUGACAUUGUGCUGACAUCCAGCUUUAAAGG